AUGCUGAUCCCCACAGGCGAUGUCGUUGCGGCGGAGGCGCAGGCCGCGGCAGGGAUUGAGGCUGCGCGCUCAAAGGGCGAGGGCGAGGCUGCGGGCGGCGACGCCGGCGACGAGCUGACUGGGCGCGUGGCGCGUGUCGAGGCGGAGCGCCUGGCCAAGGAGAGGGACGAGGCCGCGGCCGCCUACCAGCACGCGGCGUCCAAGGUUGGCGUCGACCCAGCCUCGGGCCCGCACCCCAGCCCUGACGCGCUGCUCCACGCCACCACCGCCACGGGCUCCCCCCUCAUCCACUCGCCCCUCGAGCGGGGCGGCGGCGACCAGGGCCGCCCCUUCGUCAUAUUCAGCCCCAAGGAGCCCGCAACCUCGGACGCCCCAACCUCGGGCUCGGACAUCGACCUGUCAAAGGAGCCCCCCAGCCAGAGGGAGUCGGCGAUGGCCGGCUAUGGGGUGGGGGAUCCCGACGCGCAGGCGGGCGGCGUGGCGCUCGGCAAGUCGGCUGCGCAUGGAUUGAUGAGCACGCUCAAGCAUGGGGCCCUGCCUGCCACGGACGAGCCCACAGGCUAG